AUGUCGUCUAUCUCCGCGCUGUUGUUCGUUCUGUUGGUGGCCGUGUCCGUGUCCGCGUAUACCGAUGAGAGCGGCGUCUGCAGUCUGGCUUACUGCGAAUGUGUGCCAGCGAAACACCCCUCAUGGACCACGAUCAACUGCACCGUACCCAACACCCAGAAACUGGAAAUACUGGAUGGCGACCUUCCCGACAACACGGACAGUUUGACUGUAACCGGAGCCAAUGCUUUGACAAUAGGAGCGAACGCAUUAUCAAGACUCAAAGACGCCAGAUUCAUACAUCUAUCGAAAAUUAAUUCCAUACUAAUGAAGAGCUUUGCCGCUGUCGACCUUAAUAUCGUUAGUCUCUUCCUGAAAAUAGAAAGUUGCGCAUUGGUACGCAUGGAGAAGAAAUCGUUUAUCAGCAUCAAAGGACCACUUUCUGUGAGCUUCGAAGACUGUGAUUACGUUUCCCUUGAUGGAAGAACAUUUUCAUGGCUGUUAUCUCUUAAAAUAUUCGGAGUUCGUUUGUUGCAAUUGGCGCCAGAGUCGUUUAUGUUGGAUCCAACCGCAGCUAACGUAGGUGAACACGGACCAGGGAUGAUGAUCGAAAUGAGGAAUGUAGUUAUUCCGGAAUUUCCUGAAAAAACAUUCGGCUCAUCUGCUGCGUUAAUCAAGAUGGAACAAGUCGCCGUACACACUUUACACACAGGAGCCUUCGUUGCUAACACUUACAACAUCGUGAUGGCAAUCAAUUGCUCUUUCCACCUGAUCGAAGGCGAAUCAUUUGCACCGAAGUCCCUCAUUAACAAUUUACAUCUUUAUGGUUGCCAAGUACAUGUUUUUGCCUCGAAAGCACUGCAGUCUGCUGUAGCUAAUUUAAAUAUUUCACAAUCCAGAUUCGAAAAUAUACAAACAGGCGCGAUAAAUGCUACUGUAGUUGCAGUCAUAAUCACGGAUAGUACGUUCAAAGUAUUUAAAGAUAGGGGAUUCGAACUAUCCUCUUGGAAUAAGUUACAAAUGGAAAGGAACUCGUUUGAUGAAUUGGCUCCAAACGCUAUUGUGGCUCCGGGAGGAUCAGUCCACGAAUUAAUCUUUGUAGAAAAUGAAAUUGAGAAAAUUAACCCUGGAAGCCUUGGAUUCAUUGGUCAAGCAUAUUCAAAGUACGCGGCAAAUGUGAUUUACAAAAACAAUUACUUUGGACAUCCUUGUUAUUGCAACAUGACAACUUUGCUGGCAGAAGGAUUAGGAGCCAGUUCGAAGGAUUUUUUUGAAAGCGAAAGUUAUUGCACUGUAAACGAGGUUUUUGCUCGAUGUUUUAAAGUGCCUGAACAAAAUAUGUUGCUCAAAGAAUUUUCUGAUAAAGUUUGUGAUCAGAAUUUAACUUAUAUACAAUGUGUACCUUAUAAGGGCAACGAAACUGCCACGGAAAUAAAAAAUCCAAGAUUUCCUCACAAAAAAGAAGAGGAGGAAGGUUUAAGUGAGAGAAAUAAAAAAGUUAUCGGAAUUGUAAUUGUCACUGCCAUAGGAUGUAUUCUUAUUGUGAUGUUUAUAAGUUUUAUACGAUGGAUGAGACGACGCGGUCACUGUGUUAGUAUUAAGAAUUUCCUCAUAUCAUCAAAUUCAUCGUGUGGUGCUCUCUGCGAUCGUUUAUGCACAUGUGGAUUAAAUCAGGGCAUCGAUAAUGCUAGAUCCAUUUCACAAUUAUCUGUUAAUGAAUAUUCAGAGAGACAUCGUCUCAAUGAAAUGCGAGUCCAAGAUACUACUCAAGAGACUAUUAUCCCUAACUCGUACAAUGAUGACGUCUUGCCGACAGAAAAUAAAACUACACAAACGUUACCCGAAGAGCUAACAAAAGAGUUAUUGGAAAAUCUACGGGAGAAACUUGAAGAUCCUGAAAAUUACGUUGAAGCCCGUGAAAUGAUAGAGCAUUUAUAUGAACUUAUAAAAGUUGAAGAAAGCUGUAAUAAUAAUACGACAUCACUUCUAAAUGCUGAAGAGAAUAUUUACGAAUUGCCAUUCCAAAACACAACACCACGCAUUGGAAAAAAUAAAAAGCAAAUGAUAAGUGUUGGUACACGCACUCCAUCCUUGGACAAAUUGAUGCCUCUGUCACCGUACAAUAGACAAACGGCACUUGCGCAUGAAUAUUUUGAACCAAAAGAUUUCGCUGUCCACCUUUAUGCGGAAAUAGCAAAUUGUGAAAAAGAAAAGAAAAGUCGUUUUGGUGACAUGCCCGAUGUUGUUGCCGAGCAAGCCAUUCCUCGGGGACCAUACCUAAGAGCGGUCCGUGAAAAAAUGCAUCCAAGUAGUAGUCCUACGUCAAAAGCGUUUAACAACUCGAUCGGUAGUCCAAAUUUUACAUCAACAAUUAAAUCUACAAAUUCAACGACGUCGAAUAAAUCUGGUAAAAUGUCAAAUAGGCCUCUACCAGAGAAACCAGCUGUGAUUGACCCAGGCGAAGGAACGUCCUUCCGACACGGAUGA